AGGAGUCAUUUGAAGAUGACUGCAGGUCAUGAUUGCCUGGGACUUCUUGCCCCUUUCUGGCUCUGUCUGGUGGGGGUCUUGCUCCUCAGUUCCCCUAUAUGGACCUUCAACCUGCACACAGAUAAUCCCACAGUCUUCUCUGGACCCAGCAGAAGCUAUUUUGGGUUUGCCUUGGACUUCUAUCAGGACAACAGAGGCAGCAUGAAUGUAGUUGUGGGGGCCCCUCGGGCCAACACGUCGCAGCCUGGAGUGUUGGAGGCAGGUGCUGUCUACCUGUGUCCCUGGAAGGCCAGUGGCAGCCUCUGCACCCCCAUUCAGUUUGAUGCCAAAGGUGACCAGACCGAGGCAAUGAGUAGAAUCAUUACUGUGAAAACAUUCAAAUCCAAGCAGUGGUUUGGCGCAUCUGUGAGCACCUGGAAAGACAACAUCUUGGCCUGUGCCCCUCUGCUGCACUGGAAUGCCAUUGAUGGCGAUAACGAGGCCACCAAGACCCCUGUGGGUAGCUGCUUUGUAGCCACAAGGAGCCUCCAGCACUUCGUCGAAUAUUCCCCAUGCCGUGGAACCCAAGUGGACUUAGUGUACAGGGAUGCACAAAUUGGAGAUGAUAAGCGCUACUGUGAAGCUGGAUUCAGCUCUGCCGUCUCAGAGUCUGGGAGGCUGUUGCUUGGGGCACCUGGUGGAUAUUUCUUUGGAGGUAUGAUCUUCUCAGUCAACCUCUCAGCAGUGGUCACAAGUUUCCCAAAACUUCCUCGUUUGCUGUGGACAGUUAGGGGAGAGCAAGCAACAGCCGACUACACUGAAAAAAGUUCCAAGGAUGGAUACCGGGGGUAUUCAGUGGCUUUCGGGGAGUUUAAUGAAGAUUCGCAGUCACCAGAAUAUGUUGUGGGCGUUCCAAACAAAAAUCUGACAAAAGGAGUGGUAGAAAUUUUGUCCUUCCAGGAAGUCCUGUGGACCCUUCCCAGUGAACAGAUGGCUUCAUAUUUUGGGCACACUGUUGCGGUGGCUGAUAUCAAUGGAGAUGGGAAAGACGAUAUUCUUGUAGGGGCCCCCCUCUUCAUGGAGCGCCACUCGGAUGGCAAACUGUAUGAAGUGGGAAGAGCUUACUUGUACCUGCAGCGGAAGACCUCCCAUGCUUUCAGCGUCCCCUGGCAGAAACUGACUGGCACGGAUGUCUAUGGACGCUUUGGCAUGGCAAUUGCACCCCUGGGCGAUAUGGACCAGGAUGGAUACUCUGAUAUAGCUAUAGGAGCGCCCUUCGCUGGCCAGGAUGGAGGUGGCCGUGUGUACAUCUAUCGUGGGCAGAGCAGUGGUCUGAGUGCAUCUCCUGACCAGAUCCUUGAGAAUCCCUUCACUGGACCCGCUGGCUUUGGUUUUGCCGUGCGUGGAGCCUCAGACAUUGAUGCCAAUGGCUACUCUGAUGUGUUGGUUGGGGCUUUUGAGGCCAGUAAGGUGGCUGUGUACAGGGCCAGGCCUGUGGUGGUAAUCAAAGCCCAAGUGGUUGUGCCAGAUGCGCUGAACCCAGAAGAGAAAAGGUGCACCGUGUCAAAAAUGAAAGUCAGCUGCUUCACUUUCCAGAUGUGUGUUGGAGUGUCAGGGAAAAACAUUCCGAAGAAAAUGGGCCUGGAAGCAGAACUGCAGCUAGACCGCAUGAAGCAGAAAUUUUGGCGACGAGUUUUCCUGGAGCAAACCAGCCAGUCCAGCCAGGUGUUUCCCCUGGAACUGUCAGAAAAAGUGCCCCAAACCUGUCGAAACUUCACUGCCUAUCUGCGGGAUGAGGCCGACUUCAAGGACAAACUGAGCCCCAUUGUUGUGAGCUUCAACUUUAGUUUGGGAUCUGCAUCGGGAGCUGGGGAGCUACUGCCCGUGCUGUCUGGCCAAACAGUGAUCCGGGAGCAGACCCGUAUUGUUUUGGAGUGUGGAGAGGACAGCGUUUGUAUCCCGGACCUCAAGCUCUUUGCUUGCAUGAAAGAAGGCUCUCUCUUUAUCGGGGAGGAGAACGUGGUCCUCAUUCAGGCAACUGCAGUGAAUGCUGGCGAAGGGGCCUACGAGGCUGAGCUGGUAGUAGAGCUGCCAAGUGGAGCAUACUUCCAAACAGCUCGCAGCAACUCUCAGAAGCUGAUUUGCAGUUCCCACAAGGAAAAUGAGACCCGCCUGGUGGCUUGCGAAAUGGGCAACCCUAUGAAACCCAACACAGAGAUCAAGGUGGACAUGGAAGUAAGUGUUAGCCAGCUGGAAGAGGCUGGUGACCACAUCAAUUUCACAGUACAGCUGAAGAGCAAGAACAGAGAUAACCCCAACAGCAACAUGGAGGUGCUGCAGGUGCCUGUCAAGGUUGCUGCAAGGAUGGAGCUUUGGGGGAAUUCUGCCCCAGCCAGCGUUCUGCUCCCCCUGGUCUCUGGGGAGCCCAAGAAUGAGAGCAAGAAAGUGGAGGACUAUGGGCCCCGAGUGGAGCACAUUUAUCAGUUGCAGAAUGAUGGCCCAAGCUCUGUUUCCAAAUCUGAGCUUCUUGUGAACUUUCCCAACCGCUUUCGGGGAAGCUUCUUACUCUACAUCUCAAGGGUGACCACUGAAGGCAGCAUCAGCUGCUCUCCCUCCAAUGAGACCAACCCCCUGAAGCUUGAGGUUCUGGAGCCCACAGCUGCCUACAAUCAAAGUGGGACUGUUCAGCUGCAACGGUGGCGUGAGAAACGUGAUGUGAUGGUGGAGGCUGACUCAGCAACAUUGCAGGGACCUGUAGUGGUGAACUGUAGCAAUCAGGCUUGUGCUACCAUCCACUGCCAGGUGGGGGCGCUGGAGAGAGGUCAGGGAGCUUCUGUCACCAUCCAUGCAGUGCUGUGGCUGCAGAGUUUCCAGGAGCAUCCCCUGGAGCAGUUCCUCAUCCAAUCCCAGGCCUUGUUCAGUGCCUUAGGAAUGCCGUACAGCAUACAGCCAGAAACUCUACCAAGCGGGACCUUCCUGGCAGAGACAUUGGUGGAGAGGCUGGAUCCUACUGCCGAGAACAUCCCUGUCUGGUGGAUUGUAACAGCUGUGCUGGCCGGCCUUUUUCUCCUUGCUGCCCUCAUUGUCCUGUUUUGGAAGACUGGGUUUUUCAAGAGAACACGCCCCCCCACAGACGAUGAGGAGGAGUUGACAAAAGACCCCCAAGCACAACCUGUGGGGCAGGAGCAGUAGUGCCAGGAAGAUGCCAACCAGUUGCCUGUCCUCUGUUCUUGGCCAUACUAUCUUUUUUCAGGCCUUCAUCUCUUGAUAUCUCUUGGUAAGGAAGUCAAACACCUCCCAGUUAGGGAUGAUUUUUUAGA